AUGCCUGAAAAAAUAAGAUCACGUCCAUCUAGUGCGAAUCGUGAACAACGACAAACUCAACGUCGUUCUAGUUUAAAUACUGAUCCAAUAAUAUUUACUUCUAAUUCGGUAACAUCUACAAAUGGUAAAAUUUAUUCUGGUAUUGAUUUACGUACACCAAAAGAAAAACUUGAAGAUUUAGAAAAAGAAAUACUUGAAUCAACCGAUAAAUCUACUCCUGAACAAUAUCUUAAUCAAGUUGUUCUUGCACAAAUCUAUACAAAUCUUGAAUAUGGCGAUAUAUCAAUUGAAAAUGCUCGAGCAUAUUUAAAUCUAAGUGAAUUUUAUUUUAAUCGAAAUAAAAUUUUUUUACCACAAGCAAAAUUUCAUGCACUUAAUGCUCGACAAAUUCUUGAACAAUUAAAAAUUAAACCUAGUAAUGAUAAUUUAAUAGAAAAUCUUCUUGCUUAUGAUAUUUAUUUAAUGUUAAUUAAAUGUUCAUUAAAUGCUAAACGAGAAAUGAAAACAACUAAAAAUAAACAUAUUUUAUCAAUUGAUAAAACACAUAUUAAUCAUGAUAUAAAAUUACUUGAAUUAUAUUUAGAAAAAUUAAAAGAAUUAACUAAUAAAAAUGAUUAUGAUCAAAUGAAUAUGAAAUAUUUAUUUCUUAAAUAUGAUACAAUUGUUAAUAAUACGAAAGAAUUUGUUAAAUCAAUAGGAAUAAUAAUUGAACAAAUAAUAGAUUAUAUUGAAAAAUAUUUUACACAUGAUCAAAUUAAAAGAAAAAUUGAUUUCUAUUUACGUUGUGGAUUAUAUUUUAUUAAUUAUGAAGAUAAAAUUCAAGAUGGACUAAGAUAUUAUAAAAAAGCAAUUGAACUAGCAGAACAAGAAGAAAAAACUCAACCAUCAAAUGCACAUAAAUAUCAACUUGCUAAAACAAUUUUAGAGAGAAAUAUUGCAAAACUAAGAGUAGAUCAUUUAACAGAUGAUAUGGAAAAAGAAUUUCAACGUGCAAUUCAAUUAUACACACAACCCACUAAGGAAAUAACUAAGAAUGUGUUAAAAGUUAUUGAUGAAUUAGCAAUUUUUUAUACUAAAAUGGGAAAAUAUCAGGAUGCAUUGAAUAUACUUUGUGAAAGUUUACCAGAUAAAAGUCGAUUGUUUGGUGAAUUUUCUGAAGAAGUUAUACAAACUGAAUCACAUAUUGGUGCAAUUUAUUUACGAGAAGGUGAAUGUCUCAAUGCUGCUGAACAUUUACAAGCUUGUCUUGAUUUACAAGAAUUUGUUUAUGGUACAAAUGAUUCACGAACAUCUCAAACACGAAAUUCAGUUGAAUUAUUAAAAAAAGACCCUAUGGUUUCUCGAACAUUCUUUGCUCGAACACAUGAUGGUAAACGUCAAGAUCGUCCAGCAUUUCGAACUACAAAUAAAGUUUCUCAUGACAAACAAGAUCUUCAAUUAUUUCAAACAGUUACUAAAAAACCACCAACUAGUUCAAAAAUUUAA